UCGGCCGCGGCGCUUUUGCAGCCCUUGCAGCUCCACUGCUGGCGCAUACCGAUAAAUCAGCGUGAUCGCAUUUGUGCGAAUACCUCUGAGCCGCUUGUGAGCGCAGCAUUCAUGAGCUGUUUGCCCCAGUGAAGGUGCAGCAGUCUUGUUGCAAAUGUCUGCGUGGUCAGGCUUCGGCGACUACGUCGAGAAGCUUGGCGCACCAAUGACCGGGCAAGGCGACGCGGCGAACUUCGAAGCCAUGCUCGAGAAAGCCCUCGCGGCCGAGGCUACGGCACCGACAAAUGCGGCAGCACCGCCAACCGAGGCGGCCGCGCCGCCCAACGAGGCAGCAACGACAAUUGAGGACGCCCCAGUAACGACCUACGAGACCACGGUCUGCAUCAUUGGAGGCGGCGUCGGCGGUCUCGCGGCGGCCGCUGCAUUAUCCGACGUUGGGGUGGAGUGCCUCGUCUUCGAGCGGGACGCGUCGCUCGAAGCCAGGAAAGCGGGCUACGGCAUGACCCUAUCUUCAGAUGAGCGGGGCCCCCUCGCCCACCUGAAGAUCUUGGAAAGGUGUCGCGAGCUCGACUGCGCGUCGACGGCGCACUGGGUGUUUGCCGGCGACGGGUCCGUCCUGGGCUACUACGGGCGGGGGCUGGCGGCCUCACUACAUUGUAGUGAAGCGCGGUCGGGCAGCCUGAGAGUCCAGCGGCAGCAGCUGCGCGAGGUUUUGUUAGAGCGCGUCGCCCCGGCGGCCGUCCACUGGAAUCAUCAGCUCGCGCGCGUGGACGAGAGCGAUGAUGAGGUCGUCGCGACGUUCGCGAACGGCGCCAUAUGCCGGUGCGCCGCGCUCGUGGGCUGCGACGGCGUGCGGUCCCGCGUGCGCGAGCUGCGCGAGGCCCGGUUGCCGAUUGUAGAUAGAAGGCCGCUCGCGGAGGUCGGCGUCGGAGUGGUGGUUGGGCUGUCCACGUUCCGCCACGAACUCGUUGAAGGGAGGGGCUUCUACGUGCUGGACGGCCGCGCGCGGCUCUUCACGAUGCCCUUUUCGGCGACGCUGACGAUGUGGCAGCUCUCCUUUGCUUUGGGGGCGAUCGACCUGGCCGGGGACCUCCUGAACGAGUGCGAACGCUACGUGGCGACCUGGAAGGACAUAGGGGGCGUCGCCGCUUCGCUUAUCAGGGACACGAAGGACGUCUGGUCCGCGCCCUUCCGCGACCGAGAUCAGAUGGUCGUGGCGUCCUCCUCUCGAUCGCGGGUCACGGUGCUGGGCGACGCGUGCCACCCGAUGACGUGCUUCAAGGGCCAGGGCGCGAACCAGGCCUUGGCGGAUGCUGUUUUAUUAGCGCGGCGCGUGGCCGAGGCCAAUGACGUGCCCAAGGCGCUGCGGCGCUUCGAGCGCGAGAUGGUCCAGCGCGCCGGGCCCCGCGCGGCGGCCUCCCGGUGCGCCGCGCGGCUCCUGCACUCUCCUUCUGCUCUGACGGCGGAGCUCCCCUCCUUCGCGCGCGUCGACGACUCGGCGGCCCUCUGCGAGCGGCUCAAGGAAGCGGGCGUCACGGCGGCGACGCCGGACCUCGAGCGGGCCGUACGUUCAAUUAUUUAUGGUAAUACUUAGUGUGUAGUGCAAGCAACGUCCCGGGCCGUGGACGGCGCUCGUUAGAUGCUCGUUCACCCGCCCGGGCCAUGUAAAUACUUCAGAAGAGCG